AUGGCGACAACGAUUCGCAUUGCCGAUGGACCACAUCCGAAAUUUGGUUUGCCCAUGAGCAGAUCUGACACCCAAUCGACGCGGGCACCGAGAAGAGGUAGUCUGAGCAACGACGAUGGUAUCUACAAUAUCCGCUCAAGGUCAAUAGGACACUCAAGAGCACCAUCAAGAGCACCUUCGCGCGAGUUCAAGCCCGACGAAGACCCCGGCUUGCGGAAAGAAGGAGACUACAGGCAUGCGCAGGUGUUCAAAGGAAAGAUGUUGAUGUGGCUGGCAUACCAAUCAAUUGGUGUCAUAUAUGGCGAUAUUGGCACCAGUCCUCUCUACGUCUAUUCAUCAACCUUUACAUCUGCGCCCUCACGUCAAGAUCUUAUUGGCGUAUUGUCGAUCAUCCUUUGGUCUCUCACCCUGAUGGUGACAGUAAAAUACAUCUUUAUUAUUCUGCGGGCGGAUAAUGACGGCGAAGGAGGGACAUUCAGCACAUAUGCACUUCUGAGCCGCUACAUGAACAUAACCAAUCGCGACCCGCGAGAAGCAUCCCUUGUCAAGAUGAGACGACACGCUUCUGGAGACCUUGAGCAAGCCGGCCGAGUCAUGCGUCAUGGCAUCGAGAACAAUAAAUUCGUUCGAGGACUGCUCAAAGUCAUGGGUGUUCUCGCCGUCUCCAUGGUCCUGAGUGAUGGAGUUCUCACGCCAGCUCAAUCGGUUCUGGGCGCUGUACAAGGAGCAGAAGUCGUCAACCCCAGUCUGUCAAAAGGCACCAUCAUCGGCAUCACAGACGCUAUCCUAGUGCUGCUCUUCACGAUUCAACCACUGGGCAUUACGAAAAUCAGCUAUGCUUUCUCACCAAUCAUUAUCAUCUGGUUGGCAUUCAACGCUGUCUUUGGGAUUUACAACCUCGUCAACUACGAUGCAGGGGUUUUUAAAGCGUUCAAUCCUGGAUACGCCUUCGAUUACUUGAUUCGACACGGAGAAAAGGGUUGGAGGUCGCUCGGCGGUGUGUUAUUGGCUUUCACCGGCGUCGAGGCCUUGUUUGCCGACCUGGGCGCUUUUAGCAGAAGAGCAGUCCAGCUGAGCUGGCUUUGUUACACUUACCCGUGUCUGUUGUUGGCCUAUAUUGGUCAAGCAUCUUACAUCAGUGUUCAUCCGGAGGCAUAUUCGAACCCUUUUUUCAAUGCCGCACCACCAGGAACGAUUUAUCCGGCAUUGAUCAUUGCUAUCUUGGCCGCUAUUGUAGCCUCUCAAGCUAUCAUCACAGCGACAUUUCAGCUCCUUCACCAAGUCAUGAAACUUUCGUAUUUCCCACAGCUGAAAGUGGUCCAUACGUCGAAAAUCUUCCAUGGUCAACUGUACAUUCCCCUUGCCAAUUGGCUACUCAUGAUUGGAACCAUACUGAUCGCAUCAAUCUACAACAAUACUACGUCCCUCGGAAAUGCAUACGGCGUGUGCGUCAUGUUCGUUACGUUCUUCGAUACCUGCAUGUGUUCCCUUACAGCCAUAUUCGUAUGGCGGUACAGUCCUUAUCUCGUAUUCUUGCCAUGGUUGACCAUCGCCUGCUUGGACGGAACCUUCCUUUCGUCAGCUCUCACCAAGGUGCCAUAUGGAGCCUGGUUCACUAUUACCCUCGCCAUCAUACUCGGUUCGAUCUUUUUACUCUGGAGAUUUGGCAAAGAGCAACAGUGGUUCGCGGAGGCAGCAGACCGAUUUCCGACGUCCCAUUUUGUCCAGAUUGGCCCGGACAAUGAGUUACGCUUGACAAAGCGUUACGACGGGGAUACAUUGAGUUGCAUCAAAGGAUUUGGUAUCUUCUUCGACAAGGCUGGGGAGACAACGCCCAUCAUCUUCAGUCAAUUCGCCCUCAAGCUAACGGCUGUUCCGGAAGUCAUGGUGUUUUUCCACCUGCGGCCUCUCGAGGUUCCUUCAGUGCCUCCGGCGCAGCGUCAUACCAUCUCUCGACUUGCCAUUCCAAAUUGUUACAGGCUGGUCGUGCGAUAUGGUUUCAAUGAUAACGUGAUCAGCCAAGAUCUGGCGUCAGUUGUCUACGAGCAGAUUCGAAGUUACCUUUUGACAGAACAAGCCAAAGAUGAAGACGCAAAAGAGGACGCAAUCGCGACAGCGACCGAGAAGAACACGAAUGACAGUUCCCCAGCUGGGGAUGCGGCAGACGAGGAGAACGGUGGAGGGGAGUCGUACAAUGCUGAGCUUGCCAGACUUGAUGCCGCUUUUGCGCAUAAAGUCAUGUACAUUAUGGGCAAGGAACAAAUGAAGAUCAAGCCCAAGACCAAUUACUUUCGGAAGACCCUACUUUGGGCUUUCUUGUGGAUCAGGGACAAUACGAGGACGAAGAUGGCCAAUCUCAAUGUGCCAGCUGAUAGAUCGAUUGAGGUUGGAUUUUUGAAAGAGAUAUAG